UGUAGCGGGCCCGCCAUGGCCGGCACGGACGGCGGCGGCGGCGGCGGCAGCGGAGACCUGAAGACGGCCCGCCUGUGGCGGGAGGCCGCCCUGCGAGCGCGCAAGCUGCGGGGCAACCUGCGGCAGCUGAGUCUGAGCGGGGCCGCGGCCACCGCCUCCUCGGACCCGGGUCCCGGCCCCGGCUCCGGGUCGCCUAGCCCCACGUCGGCCCAGCAGCCUCCGCCUCUCGUGCUGCCCCCCGACCUUGCCGACGUGGAGGUGCUCAACCUGGGCAACAAUGCCCUGGAUGAGUUGCCUACCGGCCUGGCCACCGCCCUGGGCAGCCUACCCCUCCUCCGGGGUCUGGUGCUGCGCCGGAACCGCCUGCCCAGGCUUCCCCCGCUGCUGGGCCAGCUGGGCGCCCGCCUCACCGAGCUGGACGUGAGCCACAACCGGCUGGGUGCCGUGACUGCCGAGGUGCUGAGCGCCCUGCCCCAGCUUCGCAAACUCAACCUCAGCCACAACCAGCUGGUCGACCUGCCCUCCCAGCUGGGCACCCUGGGCCACCUCGAGGAGCUGGACGUCAGUUUCAACAAGCUCCCCCAGCUGCCCGAAGCCCUGGGCCACCUGAGUGCCCUGCGCACCCUGGACUUGGACCACAACCAGCUCACCGCCUUCCCCCCUCAGCUCCUGCAGCUGGCCACCCUGGAGGAGCUGGAUGUGUCGGGUAACCGACUUCGAGGCCUGCCGGAGGAGAUCGGGGCCCUUCGAGCUCUCAAGAUCCUCUGGCUUAGUGGGGCUGAGCUUGGCACCCUGCCCCCUGGCUUCUGCCAGUUAGCCAGUCUGGAGAGCCUGAUGCUGGACAGCAAUGGGCUGCAAGCCCUGCCUGCCCAGUUCAGUAGGCUCCAGCAGCUGAGGAUGCUGAACCUCUCCUCCAAUCUCUUCGAGGACUUCCCCGGGGCUUUGCUGCCUCUGGCCAGCCUGGAGGAACUCUACUUGAGCCGCAACAGGCUUACUGCAGUACCGGCCCUGGUCUCCGGCCUGAGCAAGCUGCUCACCCUAUGGCUGGACAAUAACCGGAUUCGCUAUCUGCCUGACUCCAUCGUGGAGCUGACGGGCUUGGAGGAGCUGGUGCUGCAGGGGAACCAGAUUGCUGUGCUGCCUGACAAUUUUGGGCAACUCUCCCGUGUGGGCCUGUGGAAGGUCAAGGACAACCCGCUGAUUCAGCCACCCUAUGAGGUGUGUAUGAAGGGCAUCCCCUACAUCGCAGCCUACCAGAAGGAGCUAGCCCACUCCCAGCCUGCAGUGCAGCCUCGACUCAAGCUGCUACUCUUAGGCUGCAAGGCCGCAGGCAAGACCUCCCUGCGCAGAUGCCUCACCGAGGGGGACCGGGAGGAAGGGGCCCGAGCAGGGAGGGGUAGAGAGAAGGGCCACCCGGGCCUGGACUCUGUCCUUGGCCCAACUUUGAGCAACAGCAAGGGCAUCGAGGUGACUAGCUGGACUGCCGACGCCGCCAGGGGCUUGCGCUUUAUCGUCUAUGAUUUGGCCGGGGACCAGAGCUAUGAGGUCAUCCAGCCCUUCUUCCUCUCUCCGGGGGCCCUUUACGUCCUGGUGGUCAACCUGGCCACCUAUGAGCCCUCCAGCUUCCCCUCUGCAGUGGGCUCUUUCCUGCACUGCGUGGGGGCCCGGGUGCCGCACGCCGUGGUCUGCAUCGUGGGCACCCACGCGGACCUGUGCGGAGAGCGGGAGCUGGAGGAAAAGUGCCUGGACAUUCACAGACAGAUCGCCCUGCAGGAGAAGCAGGACGCGGCGGGUUUGGGCCGCCUGGCCAGCGCCGUGGACGAGGCCCUGGCUCGGGACUUUGAGCUGCGCUGCGCCAGCCCCCACGCGGCCUACUACGGGGUGUCGGACAAGAACCUGCGAAGGCGCAAGGCUCACCUGCAGUACCUCCUGAAGCACCGGCCGCAGAUCCUGUCCCCGGUGCUGCCGGUGAGCUGCAGGGCCCCCGCGCAGCUGCAGAGGCUGCGGGCCAAACUGCUGUCCGUGGCGGAGCACCGCGAGAUCUUCCCCAACCUGCAUCGCGUGCUGCCGCGCUCCUGGCACGUCCUGGAGGAGCUGCACUUCCAGCGGCCGCAGGCCGAGCGCCUGUGGCUUAGCUGGUGGGACUCGGCCCGCCUGGGCCUGCAGGCGGGGCUGACGGAGGACCGGCUGCAGAGCGCGCUCUCCUACCUGCACGAGAGCGGCAAGCUGCUCUACUUCGAGGACAGCCCCGCUCUCAAGGAGCACGUCUUCCACAACCUGCCUCGCCUCAUCGACAUCCUCAACGUCUUCUUCCAGCGGGACGCCAGCCUGCUGCUUCGGAAGCUGCUGCUCGGGGCCCAGGGCGAGGCGGGGAGCCAGGGGAGCGGAGCGGGCGCGGCCCUCGCCGGGGACGGCGGCGCGGACCCGCUGCGGGCCGCCCAGCUCCACCACUACGUGGAGGGCUUCCUGCUGCACGGCCUGCUGCCGGCGCACGUCAUCCGCCUGCUGCUGCGGCCUCACGUGCAGGCCCCCCAGGACCUUCAGCUCCUCCUGGAGCUGCUGGAGAAGAUGGGCCUCUGCUACUGCCUCAACAAGGCCAAGGGCAAGGCCCUGAACGGGGCCUCGGCGGCCUGGUACAAAUUCCCUUGCUACGUGCAGAACGAGGUCCCGCCGGCGGAGGCCUGGAUCGACAGCUCGGGCGGCGCGGCGGCGGCGGCCCUGGCGGGCCAGUCCUUCGUGGCGGAGCAGCUGCAGAUCCGCUACAGUUUCCCCGUGCUCUUCCCGCCCGGCCUGUUCGCCCGCUACAGCGUCCAGAUCAACAGGCACGUGGUUCAGCGCUCCGACGGCAAGUUCCAGAUCUUCGCCUACCGCGGCAAGGUGCCCGUGGUGGUGAGCUACCGGCCGGGCCGCAGCGCCCUCCAGCCCGACACCCUGUCCAUCGCCAGCCACGCCUCCCUGCCCAACAUCUGGACGGCGUGGCAGGCCAUCACCCCGCUGCUCGAGGAGCUGGAUGCCCUGCUUCAGGAGUGGCCCGGCCUCUGCUACACCGUGCACAUCCUCUGCUCCAAGUGCCUUAAGAGAGGCUCCCCCAACCCACACGCCUUCCCAGGGGAGUUGCUAAGUCAGCCCAGGCCAGAGGGCGUCGCUGAAAUCAUCUGCCCCAAAAACGGCAGCGAGCGAGUGAACGUGGCCUUGGUCUACCCCCCGACACCCACCGUGAUCAGCCCCUGUUCCAAGAAGAAUGUUGGCGAGAAGCACAGAAACCAGUAAUGGCAGGUGGGGCUGUGGGAAGAGGAAGACAGCUCUGAACCCUCGAGGGCCGUCUUGGCUGCUGUCUAAGGGCUGGAUCCUCUGCUGGUCUCCCAGCAUGGACAGAUAUGGAAAGUACUUUCAGAGGAUGGAGUGGACAACCUGGACCCGUUGCAAAUGGAGCUGGGAGAAAGGGGAUUGGGGAGGGGGGAAGAAGAAAAGAAGGGGAAAGACUAUGGAGCAAAAGUUUUACAAUCUGAACCUCAGAACUGUGAUCUGCCAAGGAAGAGCUACUUGAAGAGAAAGGGGGAAAGCUGAAGAAGGAAGGAAAGGAGGAAGGAAAGAAGAAAGGAAGAAAGGAAAGAAAGAAAGAGAAAAUCAAGAAAAAGAAGAAAAGAAAGAAGAAAGAAAAGAAGGAAGGAAGGUCAAAUGGCCACUCAGGGAUUUUGUUUUCUGUGCACACAUAAGCCAUAGCUGCCGUCCACAUGGCUGGAUCAGAGACUCUGAAGUCAAUUCUGUUCCAUGGGAAAGAGAGACCCUUGCCUGAAGCUCACUGCUGCUGCAGAGCAAUGACCAGUGUAAAAUAUGUAUAUGUUUAUCUUUAUUUUUAUAAUAUGAAAAUACAUUUAAAUUUAUACAGUUGAAAGCUUUUAGCAUUAGUUCACACUGGGUGCAAUAUUCUGCAUGAGAACCGUGCCAAUUUGGGGCUGGUUUCUUGUUUUCCUUCAUGGGUUGGGGUCUCUUUCUUGCUCUCGAUUUCCUGGUUUUCCCAUCCCCUCACCUGCGCACCUGCAGCCAGGGUGGUUUGUGAGGGGAUUCGAGGUUCAUUCUGUUCAUUCUUUGCUGCUAGCCUCUCUCGGUGGAAUCCGACAGAAGGGGUCCUGGGCCCCUUCCCGCUGCCACUGUGCAGGAUAUGUAUAAGCCCUCCAGCCCACGUCCUCGGUAGCGGGAGAGCCGGCCAGAUCCACCCCAGCCUCCGGGAGUCUCCCCAUGCAGUCUGCCCCGAGCGGGGACCUAGCUAUGGGGGCUCGGCAUCCCUCAGAACGGCACUAGAGAAAGCCGUGUAGAGAUGAAAACAAAGACCCUUCAUGGGGAUCGAGCCUUGGCUCCCAAGGCUUCAACAGCUGGAGGACAAGACCCCCACGUGCUGAAAUUCCUGCUGCCGGGCAGGGUCGGGGAGAGCCUUGCUUCCCAGCAGAGGCACAGCAGGUGUGCUUUCAGACCCCCAUCGGCCCACCCCCACAGCUGUUAAUUCACCAUUAGGAGAAAUGGCCCCCAUUUCACUGCCCGCAGAGCCCGGCUGAGAAAUCUUACUGCCACCGAACCGGCUCAGGGACAAUAAAGAUGUCCUAUUGUCCCAAUCCGUCCUGACUUCUCAAGAGCCAGGCAAUUCCCUGGCAUGAGUGUCUGGCCGGAGGCAUCCGAAAGUCAGCAGGGUGCCUUCCAAACUCCCCCCCGCCCCGGGCGAUCGGACCUGCUCGGGAGCAGCAUCCCCUGGGGCUGUGAUUAAAAAGUAAGACUGCUCGGUGGUCUCCUGCAGAGCUCCCAGAAACCCCCCUGGCAUUAUGUGGCCAACUGGAGCCCGUGUUCGGGGUGGGGAUGGUGGCGAGCUGCCUCAUUUUGUGAUGCUGGGGAAUGGACCUCUCUCUCUAUCAGGAAUAAAGGGAUUAAGAGCAGGAGGAGGAGGUCAGACCACGGGCCAGCGGGUGGUCAUCUCCGGUUAGUCCUAAAAAAAGUAUUGCCCCCUGAAUGCCAGCGACCUUUACAAGUUGCGCAUCCCUCUGCCAGGCACAGUGGGGGCGGAGGGCUGGAGUCCUCCGCCGGGAGGCCGGCCUCUCCACCCGGGAGCCCGCCGAGCCGUCCCGAGCCCGGGCCGAGCGGGCGGACGUGCCAAAUGUUCACGGCCACGAGAACCCGCUUGGGCCCGUUUCUCUGUCUCCCUCGCACUCUCGAAUACUUGAAUAUGCUGGGCGGCUCCGGCCGGAGGUUCCGGGAGCCCGCGAGUGUUCCCGUUUCUCUGUGUAUGUGUGUACAGUGUAAGCAGGCUGGUGCCGUGUCCGUGGUUCUGCGGCCCACCUGUCGGACGCGGGGCGGGUGGGCGCCCUGGUGUGUGUAUCCGUAUCUAUGCAUAUAGGUCUCUCUCCUUUGUAGCUCGGCAUGAAACAGUGCAGUCCGUCCUAGCGAGAGCGGGCCGGGCCCUCGGGUUGCGGAGACUGCCGAGGCCCGCGUGGGCACGAGUCACCCGGAUGCCCGCCUCCUCGUGCGUCCUUGUGGUAGUGGGGAAUGUGUGACGUGGGCUCUCGAGGAACCCCGGGGGGGCAGAGGUGGACCGAGAUACCCUCCCCCCCCACCCCAGCCCGAUCCGCUUGGGAGCCUGCUUCGUCUGAGCAGGGGAGCUGAGCCCGGAUGUCCUGAAAACACUUUCUGCGGUGCAGGAACAGUUGCCCCCCACGCAGGGAAUUCCGCAUCCUCCUCCCACGCAGGGAAAGGACUGACCCGGUGGCCAGGUGAGGCUGGAUCCGCAUUUCGGGAACGUGGAGGGACGAAGCGACACAAAGCACAAGAGGGGCUUCGGGCCUCCUGGCCCCCUCUCGGGACUCAGAGGCGCUGCCCCAGGGCGGUGACGGCUCCGGUCCGCGUCCAGGCGGCUGCUGGGACUGAACAGCGCGCUGCCCGCAUCCGUCCGACCCGCUCCUCACCCAGGCCCCUCGAUGCCGUUCACACCCGACGCUUGGGCCACAGACUCUCCUAGAGAUGAGCAAGGGCGGGCUGGCUUUGGUGGACCCUCGGGUGGGUUUUUCUCAUGCCACAGUUUGUGAAAUGUAAUUACAGUUGACUGUCAAAUUGUCUUAAAUGGGCAGAAUUUAAAAAAAAAAAAUUCUUGCCCUGGAAAAUUUAAAUAAAAGGAAAAGGAAA